AUGGAUGUAGCUUCUGAUCAAGUCACAAGUAUUUGCACUCACUGUGACAGAGCGAUUCCUUCUUUCAAUCUCGAUUUGCAUGUUCCUCACUGCUCACGGAAGCUUGAAAAAUGUAAACUCUGUGGGGAUAUGGUUCCAAAAAAACAUGCAGAUGAACAUUUCUUGAGCACUCAUGCUCCUGUAUCCUGUUCCUUGUGUAACGAGACAAUGGAGCGUGAGGUUUUAGCCGUUCACAAAGGUGAAAAUUGCCCACAAAGGCUUGUGGCAUGCAAGUAUUGCGAGUUUCCAUUGCCUGCAAUUGAUUUAUUUAUGCAUCAGGAAGCAUGUGGGGAUAAAACAGAACGCUGUCAUCUGUGUAGCAGAUAUAUUACUCUCCGUGAAAGAGAUGUUCACGAGAGUAGGUGUAGUGGUGGCACAGACACCAUUUCAGAAUCUUCCAGUAGCACUAGUCCGGCUGAGAGAGAUCACGGUGCUCCUAGAAGGAAGCUACGUGCAGUUCCCAAGACGCGGCUUCUGUUUACAACACUUGCAAUAACAGGCAUUGCUGUUUUAGUAGGCACACUUAUUUUCCAGAGGAAAACUGCAGACACUCAAGUUUCCUAGCAGAUUUACUGUAAUGAUCCAUCAACUGAUACUUUUAUCAAAUUGUGUUU